UUCUUCCUCCUUCCUAACAACCCAUCUUUUCUUUAUUUUUUUUUUUAUUUUCCAUGACGAAGUCUACGAUAAUACAGAGUUAAUUAAGACCGGUUUCUUGAUUUUACGUGCACAGCGCGCAGGCCGCCAUCAAAUCUACCACCACCCACCACCCACCAUGCGCCUCCACCUCCACCUCCCGCCGUCUCUCGCCCUCACCACCACCCUCUUCCUCCUCCUCCCCCUCCUCACCACCGCCAAAUUCAGCCCCCUCUGCAUCCGCGUCCUCACCACAUUAACAGGCCGCCCGAACGACCUUUUCACCAAAUUCCAGCGCGAAGUCUGCGACAAGGGAUGCCAACCUACCGUACCGCACUGGGACCUAUGGACGCGCAACAAUACCUUCCUGCCCGCGGUGCGCAGUCUCAUGGAACAUGUGGAUAACCCGCGGCAGGAGGAGGCGAUGGUGCGGCUGGGCGAUGAUGUAGCGGAUGUGAUUAAGCGACAGUGCGGGCCAUUGUUGCAGGGCAGGGAUAUUUGCUCUGAUGAUGAGACGUUGGCGGCGUUUGGGACGUGCUUUAAGAAGGGGUUUGUGCGGGCGGCACUGAGUAAUUUGCCCACGUUGUUGCCGUUGGCGAGGGAGGAGGUGUGUCGCGAGCAGUUGGAGUGGUUGAAGAAGGAUGAGUUGUGGGAGGUCAUUAUUCCGGGAAGAUGAGGGAGUAUGCGGGUGUUUGUAGGGGUUUGG